AGAGAAUUGUAUCUGAGAGACAGCUUGAGACCGGUGCAGUGCAACCAGUUUGUGUUUAUCUACGGGGCGUGGAAGAACCUCGGAUCCAUCAUACAUAUGUAUGUGCAUUGCAGCUAUAGUGUCAUCCGAUCGAAGGUUGCUCUCGGGCUGGCAAUAAAACAACCAAUUCGUAGGAAAUUCCUCUAGCUAUGGAAUAUGGCUCCAUGUGUUUUGAUUUAUUUAUUGAUUGCCAAACGCUCUUUGAAUAAACAGAAGAAUAGAAACAGAAACAGAUUUUCGGCCCGCAUUCAUAAUCCCAAUCGCAAUCCGAAUCCGAAUCCGUAUCGAACUGUAAUGGGAAUAUUAAUUGGGGGAUCAUUUAAAUAUUAUUUUCGGGCCGUGCAUGUUCCGCUGCAUAAUUUAUGGGACGCUAAUUACUUUGUUUCGUGUGCUGUCCAAGGCCAAUUACGCUUACUUAUUGCAAUUUAUGUGGCCGUAUGCAGUGCGGCCGUAAUUGGAAAUUGUGUAAGGCAGCCGUCGCCGGCCACACACUGAGAAACACAGCAGAAGUGUUUCAAAUUGACAGAGCGAACAGAACAGACUAUAAAGUGAUCAGAGAGUCCUCAAGAAUCCCAGAGAAUCUUCAAGCAAGAUGCGGGAUAGUGGGUACUCUACCAUCAAUCAUCAAUCAUCAGCCGAUUUCCUAUAGAAUUCAUGAACUUUUACUUGCUGUACUAGCUUUUUCCCUCAGUGUACUGUUUGAAUGCAAUUCUGGUGCGUUCUCUCACUCGUCUGGCAUUUUUCUAACGACGCCACCGAGUCGGACCCAGCCCAGUUUGUGUUGCCAGUUGAUUAAGUGAACCCUUUUCCCACGCAGAAUCAAUUUGUAGAUGUCCAAUACGUACAACUACACCUUGGAGCACACCACAAAGGAGCGAUAGACUGUGUCAGCAGGGAGCACGGAGCAGGGAGCACGGAGCAGGGAGCAGGUGGAACCAUGACCAUGCCACUGAACAGUAGCAGUAGCGGCAGCGACUUGCCAAGUGCAACUGCCGACCCGCAUCAGCCUCAGCCUCAUCAUCAUCAUCAUCAGCAGACCCUGCUGCUCUAUUCCGGACUGCUCUCCUCCGCCCUGUCAGCCGCCACCACGGAGGACUCCAGUGUCAGCACGAGUAAUGCCUUGGUGCUCAUUCAGACGACAACCAGUGCCACGACAGCAGCAGCAGGAUUGGGAGAAUUGGGAUCAGGAGCCACAUCCAUAUCCACGCUCAGGGCUACGGCAACGGCGGCCGGAGUGCUGGGAGUGCCUUCGGUGAACUCCUAUUUGGUGAGCAUGGCCUGGCCCAAGUCCCUGGCCGUCGCCCUGUUCCUGGUGCUCAUCCUCGUCACGGUCGUGGGCAACACUCUGGUCAUACUCGCCGUGAUGACCACCCGACGGCUGCGCACCGUCACCAACUGCUUCGUGAUGAACCUGGCCAUAACGGACUGGCUGGUGGGCACCUGUGUGAUGCCUCCAUCGGUCAUCCUCUACAUAACAGGCACCUGGCGCUUCGGAUGGAUACUGUGCGACAUAUGGAUCUCCCUGGACAUUCUCCUCUGCACCGGCUCCAUCCUUAGCCUGUGCGCAAUCAGCCUGGACAGGUAUCUGGCCGUCACACAACCCUUGACGUACUCGAAGAAGCGUCGCUCCAAGCGCCUGGCCCUGCUCAUGAUACUGGUCGUGUGGAUAACGGCCCUGUCAAUCACAUGUCCGCCGUAUUUGGGCUGGUACGAGGCGGGCAGGCACCAGGAGGAGUAUGUGGACUGUCGCUACAACCAGAACAAGGGCUACGUGGUCUUCUCGGCCAUGGGAUCGUUCUUCAUCCCCCUGACGGUGAUGCUGUACGUCUACGUCAAGAUUGGUUAUGUGCUCACCUCGCGCCGACAGCGCAUUGUGCGCGAUGCGAACUCGGAGCGCACGGCGGACUGUGACGUGGAUGGCGACAACUUCAUCUCCGAGUCGGAGCACUAUCACUGCACGCCCACCAAGUGGCUGCCGCACCGGAAGUCCCGCUGGAGGUUCAACUCGUUGCACGACCAGACAGGCGCAGGCACAGGCACAGGCUCCACUGCCAGCGCGGGCAAACAGUCACUCAAGUGCCCAAAGUGCCAGGAGAAGACCGGACAAGUGCCGGACAAAACGCUGACCUUCAAGCAUCAGCCCACGUUCUACGAACUGGUGGAGGUCUCCCGCCUCUCCUCACUCAUCCACUGCUCGGCAAUUAGCUGCAAGUACGGCGGCCCCUGCAUGCAUUCUACGCCCUCGGUGCCCUCGGGGCUGCACUACACGGGCAGCCAGGCCUCCUUCUCGGACACCUGCCUGGGGGGCAUGCAGGGAUCCAAUAUGGCCGCCGAGUCGCCAUCCGACUCCAAGCCGCAGCCGUUGGACGGAGACUCCAAGGGCGGCUCUCAGGCGGUCCUGCAGAAGAGAGUCUUCGACAUGCAGCACCAUUAUCAGCAGGGACAGGUGCCGGUGCAGGUGCCCGUCCAGGCCCAUCAUCAUCAUCACAGCCAUAAUCACGGCCAGCACAACCCCCACAGGAUGCCGAUGCGAGUUUCGACCACGAAACGUGAUAGUACAAAGACCGCCAAGACCCUGACGAUUGUGAUGGGCGGCCUAAUUGCUUGCUGGCUGCCGUUCUUCGUCUACUACCUGCUGAUACCCUUCCUUCCCCGGCCGGCGGUGCUCGAGGACCUCAUGUUCGGCUUCACCUGGGUGGGCUGGGUCAAUUGCGCCAUAAACCCCUUCAUCUACGCCUUCUACAAUCCCGACUUUCGCACUGCCUUCUGGCGCCUCACCUGCCGACCCAUCUGCAAGCAAAAGCGUCCUCCCAACCAUCUAGCCAUGUUCCGCGGCUAAGCUCCCAUCCCAGUAUCUUGAUAGUUGUGCCAUAAUCUUAGACAAUCCAAGCAAGGCUUCGCUGUGAUGGGUUCCCAUCCUCAAGCUAAACGCCAGAGUCCUAAGAGAUGUAUCUUGUCCAUGUAGCUUUUAGUGUGCACUAGGCUUUAUCCCAAUGUUGCACUAUGUAGAUGGUUUCUCUAGUCGUCCGGAAGAUACUUACUUGUUGGCUCCCCCAUCAUAGAAUAUCCAAUUAAAGGCAGUAUUUAUAGUGUAUCCGCAUUCAAGGCUAUCCUUUGGUCUUAGUUGAGUUAUGAGUGCCAUCUUCGAGCAGAGACGAAUUAAUCCUAUUUAAGAUUUUAUAAUAUAUCAUAAAUAUAUGUAUGUGCAGUGUGUGGUGGAAAACAAACCAAAACCGAAACCGAAACCAAAACCGAAACCAAAACCGAAACAAAAGACAAAUUAUAGUAUUUGCAGGGUCUUUGUUGCCUGACAGCAACUGUUGACUGUCUGGAUGUCUGGCAGAUGAGAUGAUGGUAUGGGUCCGGUCCAGUAGCUGCCAACGACAUAUCUGGCGUAUCCUUUGUGGGUCCGUCCCACGUCCCACAUCCCACGGCCCUGCAGGCACUGGCAGAGUCCGGGUCCGGGUCCGGGUCUGGCCAACCCAUUUAAUGUUUGAGCAAUUGUCCGGAGGAGCACUGAAAGUGAAACUGAAACGGGAUUUCAAGCUGCAAUUGUGCUGG